GCGCGUAAAGUCCGCAAUCAAAAAGGUUUGCUGGGUUUGUGGCGUCGCCGCCGCUUGGAUGUCAACUCCACUUGUGCAUGUACCUUUACAUGUACCUUUACAUGUACCUUUACAUGUACCUUUACAUGUACUUAUGCAUGUAGUUUGGCGGCAGCAGAAGAUGGACUUUGUCUAGUCCGGAGGAGAAGAAGAAGAAGAAGAAGAAAACUACUACUAAUAGGAAGAAGAAGAAGGAGGAGGAGGAGGAGAAGGGGACUAAGAAGAAGAAUAUUCUAACAAAUAAUAAUAAUAAUAAGAGGAGGAGAUGGAGGUGUAGUUUGUCGGAAGAAGCUCCGAUGAGAGAUUCCAUGGCGUCCUUCCAUCACUUCCAGGCUCACCGGCCUGACUUCCACAUGUCUGCCUUCUUGGCGGCCGCUCAGCCUUCCUUCUUCCCGGCUCUGGGGCUCCCCGCCGGGCCGCCGCUGGGCAAGAUGUCGCCCCAGCACCACCAGCACCACCAGCACCAUCUUCACGGACAUCAUCACGGCCAUCACGGCCUGGCGGGGCCGACGGACGGCGGCGGACUCCUGGCGGCUGCGGGGGGGCCAGGAGGUCCGGGAGGUCCGGGAGGGGCGACACACCUCCGCGGCGUGAAGAGUCUGCAGGAGGCCGAAGAGGAGCAAGUAGAAGAUGAUCCCAAAGUCACGCUGGAGGCCAAAGAUCUGUGGGAUCAGUUUCAUCAGCUGGGCACCGAGAUGGUCAUCACCAAGUCUGGAAGGAGGAUGUUCCCUCCGUUCAAAGUGCGCAUCAGCGGCCUGGACAAGAAGGCCAAGUACAUCCUGCUGAUGGACAUCGUGGCGGCGGAUGAUUGCCGCUACAAGUUCCACAACUCCCGCUGGAUGGUGGCCGGCAAGGCGGACCCGGAGAUGCCCAAGAGGAUGUACAUCCACCCGGACAGUCCUGCCACCGGCGAACAGUGGAUGGCCAAGGCUGUGGCCUUCCACAAACUCAAACUCACCAACAACAUCUCAGAUAAACACGGAUUUACCAUCUUGAACUCCAUGCACAAAUACCAGCCCAGGUUCCACAUCGUGCGAGCCAACGACAUCUUGAAACUUCCUUACAGCACCUUCAGGACUUACGUCUUCCCAGAAACUGAGUUUGUGGCCGUCACUGCUUAUCAGAACGACAAGAUCACGCAGCUGAAAAUCGACAACAAUCCUUUCGCCAAAGGCUUCCGAGACACUGGCAACGGAAGAAGAGAGAAAAGGAAGCAACUGUCUCUGCCAUCACUGAGGAUGUCUGAGGAGUGCAGGGGUGUGGAGGAGGUUGAGGCUGCAGAUUCUGAGGCGUCCAGCGAGCCUUCCAACACCAUCAACUCUCCUCUGGGAACAUCCAACAGUCCUCACAACUUCAACUCCAGCCAUCAUGAAGAGAAGGUGUGCAGCGACAGCGAGCAGGAGAUGGAGGAGCAGCAAGAAGAGGGUUGCACCACCACCACCUGCACCACCUCCACCUGCACCACCUCCACCUGCAACACCACCACCUCCACCUCUUUGAGCGCAGAAGGCGCGCUGACGUCGUCGAGACGCGGGGAGGCGCCGACGUCUUUGAGCAAGAAGGAGGAGAAGUGGCGCAGUGUGGAGAAGGAGAAAGGCGGGAAGGACAGCAUGUCACCUGUGAUGGUGCAGACAGAAAGCCCCUCCCACUUGAGUCACCUGCAGAGUUUGGCGCUGUCAGGUCUCCACCCUCAGCACUUCUUCAGCCCUCUCAACGCCUCCUUCUUCCACCCGGGACACUUCGCCAUCAACCCCGCCGCCUUGUCCGCCAUCAACAUGCAGCACCUGCUGGCCUCCGUGGCGAGCAGCCAGGUGGCGGAGGGCGGGGCCGCGCCCACCACCACCUUCCCCUUCCACCUGUCUCAGCACAUGCUGGCCUCUCAGGGCAUCCCCAUGCCUCCACUAGGUGGCAUCUUCCCCUACUCCUACUCCUACAUGGCGGCGGCGGCGGCAGCAGCGGCGGCGGCGAGCAGCAACUCUUCGGGCGCGCUGGGCAGGAACCCCUUCUUGGCUUCCUCCCGUCCUCGUCUUCGCUUCAGUCCUUACCAACUUCCUGUGCCCGUGUCUCUGCCCGCCUCAGAAGCCUCCAAGGCGGGCAGCCCAGAGAGCAGCCCCACGCGGCGCCGCCAUGACGCCUCGCCGCCAAGUCCCGGCAGAGAGUCUGGCAACCAGCUGCACAACAUUCAGAGACUGCUCAGCGGCCUGGACGCUCACACAGAAACUUCCUCACCUGCACACUCCCCCUAGUCCACGCCUCACACUCCCCAUCACCUCACCCUCGCCAUCACCUCAUCAUCAUCACCUCACCCUCGCCAUCACCUCAUCAUCAUCACCUCACCCUCGCCAUCACCUCAUCAUGACCUCACCCUCUACCAGCUGAUGAUCACUGACUGGGACGCCAUUUUACAAUGAAGAAGAAGAAGAAGAAACACGCCACUUGCAUCCUCCAGCGGCAACGACUCUUUCACCGCCUCAACAACAACAUCAUCAACAACAUCAUCAUCAAUAACAACAUCAUCAUCAUCAUCAUCAAUAACAUCCAUAACAACACAAUCAUCAUCAUCAUCAACAACAACAACAUUAUCAACAAUAACAACAUAAUCAUCAACAACAACAUAAUCAUCAACAAUGACAUCAACAACUAUAUCAUUAACAACAUCAUCAACAACAUCCUCAAGAACAACAACAUUAUCAAUAUUAACAACAUCAUCAUCAUCAACAACACCAUUAUCAUCAUCAACAAUAACAUCAACAACUAUAUCAUUAACAACAUUAUCAACAACAACAUAAUCAUCAACAACAUCAUCAACAUCAACAACAACAUAAUCAUCAACAACAUCAUCAACAACAACAUCAUCAUCAACAUUUUCAUCAACACAAUUAACAUCAUCAUCAACAACAACAUAAUUGAUCAAAUACAUAAACACAAAAAACAUAUUCAACAAUUCCAACAACAACAUCAUCAACAUCAUCAUCAAUACUAUCAACAACAACAUCAUCAACAAACAACAUUAACAACAUCUUGAUCAACAACAACAACAUAAUUGAUCAAAUACAAAAACAACAUCAACAGAAAAAAUAACAUCUUCAACAACACCGUCAACAACAACAUCAUCAACAUCAACAUUAUCAACAUCAUAAACAACAACAUAAUCAACAACAACAUCAUCGACAACAUUAUCAACAACAACAUCAUCAUCACCAACAACAUCUACAUUAUCAUCAACAACAAUAUUGACAACAUCAUUCAUCAAAUACAAAAAACAUCAACACAAAAAACUACAUCUUUAAAAACAACAUCAACAACAUUAUCAACAUCAUCAUCAACAACAAGAUCAUCAACAACAUCAAAAACAUCAUCACUAUCAACAACAUCAUCAUCAACAAGGACAACAUCAUCAACAACAACAACAACUCAGGUACUUCAGGCCCACAAUGAAGAAAUGAGACGAAAGAGUAAAAGUGUGAUUGUAAAGAUUCCAUCUGAUUCUGAUUCUGAUUCUGAUUCUGAUUCUGAUUCUGUUUCUGAUUCUGAUUCUGAUUCUGAUUCUGAUUCCACUCCGGAUUAAAAGCCACUCUGGCAAAGUAUAAUUGGAUUGAAUAAUUCUCAUCAACGUUUCCAAAAAGGUUAGAAAAUGUCCUUCUGACAUAAAUCCUCUUUUAAAAAUAGAUUGUUGUAGAAAAGAAGAAACUUCAAACAUGUUUUAAUUUUUACAUGAUUUUUGAAAUCCUUUGUUCCAGAUUCUGAAUCCAUUUGGAAUCAGGAGGAAUAAGAUUUGGAUGUGAAUGCUUUUAAUCUGAAAAGACCAAAAUAGUCCAAUCACGUAAGACUCCGUUUUAGCUGCUUAGCUUCACCAUUUGGUUAGCGUUCGGGUUUAGUUUUAGGUUUUGUUAGUCUUUGGUUUGGUUUUGUUUUAUGGUUUGUUGAGUUUGAGAGUGAGUUUAGUUUUAGGGCUACUUUAGUUUCAGGGUUUGUCUAGUCUUACAGUUAGUUUAGUUUUAGGCUUGGAUUAGUUGAAAGUUGGUUGGGUUAGUUAGUCCAAGUCCGUCAAACCAAAGUGAGGCCUAGAGUUCAGGUUCUGAUGACUUUUGGGCUCGGAGAAGUUGGAGGAGGACUUUUGUAGAAAGUGAAGACAAAGUUGCAGCAUCCAAAGAAGUUGACAAUAUUUCAUCAGCUGACAGGAUGGGACUUCAACGCUUUCACAAUAAAAGUCUUUAUUUAGUCCAGUGGCCUAGCUUGUGAAAACAACAACAAAACAUGUCAGUCUUAUGUUGAAGAGAAAAAUGUCUUUUUGAUUUAUUUAUGUGAUUUAAGGAAAAGGAAAAAGUGUAAAUAAGUCUAAGAUCGGAGGAAAUGCAAUUGGUUUUAAUUUAUUUCAACGAGCGUGUAAAUAUUGCUUUCAUAUGACACUCACCUUCUCAGCCCUGGACAGGAAGUCCCUAAAGUCUCAACAUGUCACAAACACACCUCUUCCUCUUCAUAGUCAAGUUUAUAUUCGUAUUCAUGUUUACAUUCAUGUUUAUAUUCAUGUUCAUGUUUAUAUUCAUGUGCUUGUUUAUAUUCAUGUUCAUGUUUAUAUUCAUGUUCAUGUUUAUAUUCAUGUACUUGUUUAUAUUCAUGUCCAUGUUUAUAUUCAUGUUCAUGUUUAUAUUCAUGUUCAUGUUUAUAUUCAUGUUCUUGUUCAUGUUCAUGUUUAUAUUCAUGUUCAUGUUUAUAUUCAUUUUUAUGUUCAUGUUCAUAUUCAUGUUUAUAUACAUGUUCAUGUUCAUGUUUAUAUUCAUGUUUAUAUACAUGUUCAUGUUUAUAUUCAUGUUUGUAUUCAUGUUCUUGUUCAUGUUUACAUUCAUGUUCUCUUUCAUGUUUAUAUUCAUGCUCUUGUUCAUGUUUAUAUUCAUGUUCUUGUUCAUGUUUAUAUUCAUGUUUAUAUUCAUGUUCUUGUUCAUGUUUAUAUUCAUGUUCUUGUUCAUGUUCAUAUUCAUGUUUAUAUUCAUGUUCAUGUUUAUAUUCAUGUUCAUGUACUUGUUUAUGUUCAUGUUUAUAUUCAUGUUUAUAUUCAUGUUCGUGUUUAUGUUCAUGUUCUUGUUUGUGUUUAUAUUCAUGUUCUAGUUCAUGUUCAUGUUUAUAUUCAUGUUCGUGUUUAUAUUCAUGUUUAUGUUCUUGUUCGUGUUUAUAUUCAUGUUCUUGUUCAUGUUUAUAUUCAUGUUCAUGUACUUGUUUAUAUUCAUGUUCAUGUUUAUAUUCAUGUUCGUGUUUAUAUUCAUGUUUAUAUUCAUGUUCUUGUUCAUGUUCAUGUUUAUAUUCAUGUUCAUGUUUAUAUUCAUGUUUAUGUUCAUGUUUAUAUUCAUGUUCAUGUUUAUAUUCAUGUUCUUGUUCAUGUUUAUACUCAUGUUCUUGUUCAUGUUCAUGUUUAUAUUCAUGUUUAUGUUCAUGUUUAUAUUCAUAUUCAUGUUUAUAUUCAUGUUCAGAAGAAUGAGUCCUUCCUGAAUCCAAAAAUCCUCUUAAAUAAUAUAUGAAGAAUGAUGAUAUGUAUAUGUACAUGUACAUGUAUAUGUAUAUGUACAUGUACAUGUAUAUGUAUAUGUAUAUGUAUAUGUAUAUGUAUAUGUAUAUGUAUGUGUACAUGUAUAUGUACAUGUAUGUAGUGGUGGUACUACUAUGAGGUGUGCAUUGUCCAUGGACUUUAGGGAGCUCCUGUAGUGAAAAGUGAUUGUGAUGGGACAUGAUGUGUGUGUGCCAUAUUUCAUAUUCCAUAUUCCAUAUUCCAUACGCUGAGAGGGGAAACUGCACAUACUGUAAAUAUUUACAUUUUUACUUCACCAUGAUCAAAGCAUUCUUUAUGAAUGGAUAUAUUUAAACAUGAACUAUUCCUCUUUAUCCUGGUUGUCCAUUUCAUCCGUCUCACUAUUUGCAAUAAAACGUCUCGUGUUGAAAA